AUCAACUGUCUUUCUCGUCUUCUUUCUCCACAAAAAAAAAGGCCUGGCUCCGCCGUCGUUUGAGGUGAUCGCCGUCUAUAUUCUCUCUUCCCCUGCAACUUAGCUGUUAACGGGUCUUACUCUUUCUUCUCCAUCUUCAAUUUAAUCCAUAGAGAGAGGAACUCUCAUUCUUCACUCUCAAACAUGUUCUUCCACAUAGUAUUGGAGCGGAACAUGCAGCUGCAUCCGCGCCACUUCGGCCGCAACCUCCGUGAAAACCUCGUAUCCAAGCUCAUGAAAGAUGUCGAGGGCACUUGCAGUGGGCGACAUGGGUUCGUGGUAGCUAUAACAGGUAUAGAGAAUGUUGGGAAAGGCUUGAUUCGUGAUGGUACAGGAUUUGUAACAUUCCCUGUGAAGUAUCAAUGUGUUGUCUUUAGACCAUUUAAAGGCGAGAUCUUAGAAGCUGUUGUGACUAUGGUCAACAAGAUGGGAUUCUUUGCAGAAGCUGGACCUGUUCAAAUUUUCGUUUCAAACCAUUUGAUUCCGGAUGAUAUGGAGUUUCAAUCUGGAGAUAUUCCCAACUAUACUACUUCAGAUGGAUCGGUUAAGAUUCAGAAGGAUACUGAAGUCCGCCUGAAGAUAAUUGGAACUCGAGUAGAUGCCACAGAAAUUUUCUGUAUUGGUACCAUCAAGGAUGACUUCUUAGGUGUAAUAAAUGAUCCUGCAGCAGUUUAGGUGGAUGUUGGGGUGCUGAGGAAUGUAUCCUGCUAUGGUGUAGUCUACAUAUUAUGGUCAUGUUUAUCAGUUUUACAACCAUGGGUUUUCUCUAGGAAUUGCAAAAUGGGAUUUUGAUAACAGUCUUAAUUGACCAAAAUAGAUCUAGUUUUACUUAGUUAUGAUGUUGUACUGUAUAACUUUCCAAGUCACAUUGUUGUAUUAAAUUAUAGUGUAUGUGGUCUUAAUUCUAAAAGUAAACUUUUUGUUGCGUGACUAGGGGGAGGGGGAGAAGAGAACAGAAGUGGGGGACAGGUGAAAAGGCGGGAAUCGAUGAUGAGCUAGUUGUGUGUCACUUCAUUUAAAUUUCAAACCACAAUGACUGUGCCACUUGGUUGGGUCAGGUCAGGUCACCUCCAUUUGGGUAUAUGGGAUGGUGCAAUCCAAGUCAAGUCCUCUCCUCUCCUCCACAUAGGUUUUAAUCUCCAACCAUUGAAAAAAGCCCCAUGUAUUGGGGAAUUGAAAUUCUUUUCAUUCUCCACCUUUGCUUAUUUUGCUCUCAUAACUUUUAUAGCAACGUUUGAGAGCAACAACUAAUUCAGAUUGUCCUAACGGAAGUCAUCAUGCCUAUAUAUACAAACCUUCUCCCUCCCUCCUAGCCAUAUAUCAACACAAACUUUAGAAACUGCGAUCUCUAUAUUGUCCUCCAUGCAUAAACGUUCCCAACUACAACUUUUUAUCGCCCAAUUCCUAACUCUUUUGUUAGGAUUGGUGCAUGCUGCCCCUCCAACAUCAUGUUCCCAAACACCAUUUCCUGAGGUAUGCAACCAUUUCUUAGAUACUGCUGUAAACCUUGAAGAAAUUACCAAGCCUUCGUUCCGUGACCUUGCCCUUAAGGUCACCAUGGACCAAGCUAUACGAGCACACCAUCUAGUC